UCAAGUCUCGUUCAAGACUUCCUUCUUGGAAAAUUUUGCGUGAAGUUUAAAUUUUCAAAAGAAGAAAGUUGUGUUUUGAAGUGAAAAUUUGUAAAAAAUAACACUUUUAACAAUCAAGAUGACAAUCUACGGCAAGCUGGUCCAGAUCAUCAUCAUCUCCUUCUAAGUGGGGUGAAUUCUUUCGAUAACCGCUGAAAAUGCUUCGUCGAUAGAGUUCGCCAUGCAAGCCAACGAUAAGCACAGCUGAGGUAGUUUAAUCGAGCUGUAUCAACAUUGCAUUGGAAGACACGCUGUCCGACCUAAAAAGUGAUGAUCUCCCCACCACAAGCUCUAUCGACAACGCGUGAAUCUCCUCCUGCAUUCGGUCCCGCACAGAUCUGCACCUGGUGAUCACCACCACCACCAAAAUGUCCGAGUCGACGCUCCACAACCGAUCCGUUCUGGUUCCAAAACUCAUCCCCCUUGAAGCCCCCUUGACCUGUCCCACUAAAACAAACCCUUUCUUCCAGAUCUUCGCGGGAUCUCCCUCUCCGCUGGCCCGUGCCCUGUGCGAGCAGCUGACGUCUGUCCGAAGCUGCCGAGUGACCCUGGUCACCGACCUCGGGUGUGUUCCGGAGGCCACGACUGACUCGGUGCAACUUUUCCAGUGUGACCUGUCUAAAAGAGAGCAGGUUGGCCAACUUGUUACGAGUUUGGAGCGGAUGUUGCGUUCGGUGGAUUUGGUGAUCCACCUGGAUUCGGAGGAAUCCGAAGAAGACUUCGUCGAGCGAACUUCCCGGGAGAUUUUGGGAUUUGUCAACCUCCUAACAAACUUCGUCCCACUGUUGGCCAAAAACUCCUCCGCCGGAAGAAUCAUAUCCCUCAAGAACUCCUCCAACGGCAGCCGGUCACGUGCCUUCCAGGACAGCCAAUCCGAGUACCACGAUCUCAUCCAGACCGUCCUGGCCAGCGAAGCGUCAAAAUCCACCGUCCAGCUGUGCACGAUCUCCUGCGAUCAUCUUCACGGCCAUCAAUCAACCGGGAUGGUCCAGGAGUUGGCGCAGCGGAUUCUGCAAACCAUAGAAUCUUCCCGCAGCAGUAGCAAAAACGAAGUGAUUGAGCUGAGUUCGAGGCGUAACUUGUUCGAGUUCUGCUCCAGCAAUCUGCUCCAGCUGGCCGCGGUCGGGUUGGACAAGCUGCAGCUCCGGAAGUCGCGGGAGCUACCUUUGAAAGUACAAUAGAAACUUGUUUUACGUUUAGUUCUGCAAAGUUAGUCA